UUUACGCGAAUUGUUAAUACCGUUUAAAAAGACCCCAAGAUAACCUCCUUUCAACCAUCUCAGUCUACACGAUACUUAGACCCUGAAAUUACACCAAAUAAACCACUACCUCUACAUUAAUCUGCUAUUAAAGCUGGGCAACUUUCGAAAUGAUAUCCUACCUAUAAUUCAUACCAACUCAAUAUGGUGACUUUGGUCUCAUCUCCGGCAAGCCCCUCGGCGAAUGGCGUCGCAGGCAGCCAUUUUUCAACCGUAGAUCCUACUGUGGUUGUUGAGCAUCUCGCAAGGCUCAUUGAGGCCAACUUGGGAGCUACAAGGAGAGAACUGGAGAGUAUCGGCAGCUUGUUGUCGAAGUCGAGAUACCCGGAAACCGUCCAACGUUGCACUCGUUUCGCAACAGAAUCGCAAGUUGCCCUCUACGUGCAAAAAGAUAUCGUCGGAACGGAAGAAGAUGCCAAACAGUCGUCAGAUGGCCAGGGUGGCUUUGCUUACACCCUGACCGGCGACCCAACAUUAUCCCCCCUGACAAUCACCUCUCUGAUUGUCACAAAACGAUCACCAGCAAUAGAUCCCUCGAUACCAGUUGCUCUACAAAUACAUUCUAUUGUGCUCCCUGGAGCGGCCGCCCAAACCACGACGACAGGUGGCUCUGGCCCAACUAUCGAAGUCCUCUACAACCUCAUCCAUAAUGGCCUCGGCCCGUUUUUCGAUGCAUAUAUCAAGAACCAAGCAGCAGCAAGUGGCAAUAGCGGGCGGACAGAAGUCGACAGCAAGACUGGCAUACAGGUCACCAAAAAGAGGAUAGCUGACUUGGAUCUGAGUCUCCGUCAUCUCCAAGAAAACGUGGAAAUCCCCGAGCUAUCCCUUCCGCUCCACCCACUCGUACAAAAUGCAGCAGAUGAGGCGGCAGCCCGUGGAGCGAAGCCUACCGUGGAUUACAUUUCAGAGUCGAUACUUCAAGACAGCACGUUCUUGAAUAGCUUACAAACCACGGUCAACAACUGGAUUAAGUCAAUACAAACUAUCACAAAGAUGACCAGGGAUGCCAAAACUGGAACGGCAAACCAAGAAAUCGACUUCUGGCUGUCGAAAGAAUCGGCGCUUGAGAGCAUAGAAGCGCAAUUGCGAAGUGACGGUGUCCAACUCACCCUGGAGAUUCUCCGCCAUGCAAAGCGAUUCCAAGCAACCGUUAGUUUCACCGCAGAUACUGGACUGAAAGAAGCUACGGAAAUUGUCCAAAAAUACAAUCAGCUCAUGCGUGAUUUCCCUUUGGACGAAUUGAACUCAGCUACAGCGCUUUCGAAGGUAGUAGAGGCUAUUGGACAGAUUUUCAACCAUCUUAACAAGAAGUUGAGGAUUUGCCCCUAUCCCGUACCACGAACGCUGUCCCUUGUCGAAGCUAUCUCGGCGGAUCUUGACACCAAGCUGCACUCCUUACUUCAUGGCAGAUCGUUGAUGCAUCUCGACUAUAGAGACUUCAAGGUCUUGAUGACAACAGCGGAUAGCAUUUUUGCUGCAUGGGACGAGAGUAUUAAAGAGUUCACCAAUGUUGCAAGAGAAGUGACCAGGAGGCGAAACGACAAGUUCAUUCCUAUCAAGAUUAACUCCAGGCAUGCGGCGCUUCAGCAGCGACUUAAAUACGUCAAUACAUUCCGUGAUAACCACGAGCAAUUGCAACGAACUAUUAUCAAUGUUUUAGGCCCCAAUAGCAAUGGAGGCGGUGUCGAUGCUGGCUCGGCCAACGGCGUGGUCCUCAUUGAAGAAAUGGGCGAUGUCGAUGCUGUUGAAGAGGUGCAACAAGCAUAUGCCGCCUUGAAGAACGUCGAUUUGUUGGACACGUCUCCGGAAGGCACUCAAUUCUGGGCGCAGCAGGAAACGGCCUAUAAUGAAAGAACCGCUAGAGUCGAGAACUCCAUCAUUGCAAGGCUGAGGGAUCGCCUGGCUACCGCGAACAGCGCCAAUGAGAAGUUCAGAGUUUUCUCCAAGUUCAAUGCACUCUUUGUACGACCAAAGAUUCGAAGCGCCAUUGCGGAGUAUCAGACCGUUCUUAUCAAUAAUGUCAAAACCGAUAUUACAGCUCUCCACGAACGUUUCAAGCAGCAAUACGGACAUUCUGAGGCUCAUGCUAUGGCACAACUGCGCGAUCUCCCCCCAGUGGCAGGUGCUAUUAUAUGGGCACGACAAAUCGAGAGACAGCUUGAUGGCUAUAUGGAGAAGGUCGAAAAUGUCUUGGGUCAUGAUUGGGCACUACAUGCCGAGGGUCAGAAACUCCAGACAGAGAGCAACAUGUUCAGAAAGAAGCUCGACACACGACCUAUUUUUGAAGCCUGGCUACAUGAUGUUCAGCGGAGACAAAUUAAUAUCACUGGCUUGCUCUUUGCCAUCAACAAGAAUAGAUCGGCUGGCAAUGCUCUGGAGCUUGCUGUCAACUUUAAUCCUCAAGUCAUUGCUCUCUUCAAGGAGACUCGCAACCUGGUGUGGCAAGGUUACCAGGUUCCUCACGCAAUCAAUAACAUCUCGAAAGAAGCCAAACGAGUUUAUCCGUACGCCGUCAGUCUCAUGGAAAGCGUUCGCACGCUUGCGCAGACAAAUCGCCAGAUUUCGGAAAUGUCAGAUGUGUCAACUCUGCUCAGCGGAUAUCAGAACGAUGUCCAAGCUCUCAUUGCGAAAGGACUGCCGCUAAAGUGGGAGUCUUUCAUCCACUCAUAUGAUGUUCAUAUCAAGCAAACGUACCUACCGAACGGUACCAUGGACCACAACUCUGGCAACAGGAACGAAAGCAAGCAUGUUCAAUUUGUUCGCGAGUUUGGAGUCACUGUAUCUCUGCUCCAGAACAAGACGGAAGUUCUCGCUUCAAUCAACACAACGGUGCAAAGGGCGCUGGCUGAUAUUGAAACCUGUCCAUACAAUGAGACUACUUUCCAAGAAAGACUGGAAACUAUUCAGAUGGCUGUCGACCAGCUCAACUUGGAGAAUUUCGUUAAUCUGGACCACUGGGUUCAUGGUAUGAACCAGCGCAUUGAGAAUACUUUACUCGGACGACUCCAUCAGGCAAUAAAGACCUGGAUCGAGGCUUUCCAGGAUGUUCAAUCUGAAACUGUCGAUAGCGAUAGUAGAAGGAGGCUUAAAACUGAUCCAAACGAUGUAUCGAUUUCCUCACUGCCAGUUAUCCGCCAACUGGUCCAUGAGAUCACAAUGCGGAACCAAGUUAUUUAUCUUGAACCUCCUCUUGAGUAUGCUCGAGCAAAUUGGGUUUCGGAGUUGCAUGGCUGGCUCGGUGUCGUCUGUAACCUACGAAAAAUCAAAGCCUCUCGAUACCAAAUGAGCAUCGCCGCUUCCAGCGAGGCAGAGGCGCGAUUCACAGACCUACCAAGGAAUUGUGCCGAUAGCUUACUUGAGGUGUACACCACCAUCGAGAACCAGCUACUUGAAAUCAGCCGUUACGUUGAUAAAUGGCUGCAGUUCCAAUCUCUUUGGGAUCUCCAGUCAGGGCAAGUAUACGAGAUUCUGGGCGAUCAAUUAUCAAAGUGGUUACAACUUCUUCGAGAAAUUCGCAAAACUAGAUCGACCUUCGAUACUACCGAGGUUAGCCGCUCAUUCGGCCAUGUCACUAUCGACUACGAUCAAGUGCAAACAAAAGUCAACGCCAAGUACGAUCAAUGGCAGCACGAGAUUUUGACCAAGUUUGCAGGACGUCUCGGCACCAGAGUUCGCGAAGUGCAUUCGGAGAUCGAGAAGGCACGCAAGGAUCUGGAAGUUCAAUCUUUAGAAGCCAGCUCCACCGCACAGGCAGUCCAAUUUAUCACUAUCGUCCAAGCCUGUAAGAGGAAGGUGAAGACUUGGGGGCCUGAAAUUGAGAUAUUCCGACAAGGCCACACAACCCUGGUUCGUGAAAGAUAUCAGUUCCCAGCAGAUUGGCGAUCCAACGAGCAGGUUGAUUCUGAGUGGGAUGCCCUCAAUGAAUUGCUCAACCGCAAGAGCAAGACUGUACAGGACCAGACAGAUGCUCUCCGCGCUAAGAUUGUGGCUGAGGAUAGACUUGUGGGAGAAAAGAUCGCAGAAAUCAUCGUGCAAUGGAACGAAGAAAAGCCCGUUUCGGGUACCAUUGCACCUGGGGUGGCCUCCUCCACAUUAACCUCCUUCGAGACACGAAUCACCAAGCUCCACGAAGAGUCGCUCAUGGUUUCGCGUGCAAAGGAAGCCUUGGAUAUUCCUGGCAGCCCCGAUGCCGCCCUCGCUGCCAUCUUGGAAGAAGUGCAAGAUUUCAAGGGUGUCUGGGCCGCCUUAUCGACUAUUUGGAAGAGCCUUAACGACCUUCGUGAUACUCUUUGGAACAGCGUCCAGCCAAGAAAACUGCGCACUUUAAUCGAUGGUCUUAUUAAGAUGACAAAGGAUAUGCCCAGCCGAAUGCGUCAAUAUGCCGCCUUUGAACAUAUCCAGAACAUCUUACGCAAGUUGCUGAAAGCCAACUCGCUCCUCGCUGAGAUGAAAUCUGAGGCGGUCCGUGAUCGUCACUGGAACAAGAUCUACAAGUCUCUUAGACCGGGGAAGCGCUAUUCUCCUAUCUCCAUGACCCUUGGUGAUGUUUGGGAUCUCAACCUUGCGGCAAGCGAGGUAGUUAUUCGGGACAUCAUUGCCCAGGCACAGGGAGAAAUGGCACUUGAAGAAUUCCUUAAGCAGGUUCGGGAGAUCUGGACAAACUACUCUCUUGAUCUUGUGGCCUACCAGAAUAAGUGCAAACUGAUCCGUGGUUGGGAUGAUCUCUUCGCCAAGUGCAGCGAAAACCUCAACUCGCUGCAGGCCAUGAGGCACUCACCUUACUACAAGGAAUUCGAAGAGGAAGCUGCUUCUUGGGAAGACAAGCUUAAUCGAGUUCACGUUUUGUUUGAUGUCUGGAUUGAUGUGCAGCGCCAAUGGGUCUACCUCGAAGGCGUAUUCACCGGCAACGCUGACAUCAAGCAUCUUCUUCCUGUGGAGUCGAACAGAUUUCAAAAUAUCAACACUGAAUUCUUUUCGGUCAUGAAGAAGGUGUACAAGGUACCAUUUGUUCUUGAUGUCCUCAACAUUCCAGAAGUCCAAAAGUCGUUGGAGCGCCUGGCGGAUUUGUUGAACAAGAUCCAGAAGGCCCUGGGAGAAUAUCUCGAAAGGGAGAGAGUAUCAUUCCCGCGAUUUUACUUCGUUGGAGAUGAAGAUCUAUUAGAGAUUAUCGGCAACAGCAAUGAUACACUCCGCAUUGCAAAGCAUUUCAAGAAGAUGUUUGCUGGAUUAUCUGGGCUUAUAAUGGAUCAAGACGCGAUCAUUUCGGGCUUCACGUCAAGGGAGGGCGAAGAAGUUCGGUUGAAGAAGGAAAUAUCUCUUGUCAAAACACCAAAGAUCAACGAUUGGCUGGCACUCCUAGAGAGUAGCAUGAAGAGCACUCUCGCUGAACUACUCGCAGAGGCAUACACCGAGUUCCAUUCCCUCUUUACUGCCGAAGAUGUGGACUCCACUCUUCUUAAUGAGUACAUCAAGAAAUUUCCGGCUCAAAUUGUUGUCCUCGCUACUCAGGCUGUCUGGACAAAUGCAGUUGAGGCCUCUCUUCAAGCUGGCGGUUCUACUCUUCAAACCCUCUACGAUCAAGAAGUGAAGGUCCUACGACUCCUUGCCACUACCGUUCUUGGGGAUCUCGACCCAAUUGAGCGAAAGAAGUGCGAGCACCUAAUCACAGAAUGUGUCCACCAGCGUGAUGUAAUUGAGAAGCUCGUCAGGCUCAACGCAACGACUCAAACUCAUUACAUGUGGCUCCUGCAGAUGCGAUACGUCUACCAGCCUGAGGGUGACUUCUUGAACCGUAUUUCGAUCAACAUGGCAAAUGCCAAGCUUAGCUACGGCUUCGAAUACCUUGGAGUCGCAGAGAGACUCGUCAGAACACCCCUGACCGAUCGUUGUUUCUUGACCUUAACUCAAGCUCUCUCCCAGCGACUUGGUGGGUCGCCAUACGGUCCUGCCGGUACUGGUAAGACCGAGUCCGUCAAAGCCCUCGGUGUCCAGCUGGGUAGAUUCACACUUGUAUUCUGCUGUGACGAUACUUUCGACUUCCAAGCUAUGGGGCGAAUUUUCCUUGGUAUCUGUCAAGUUGGAGCCUGGGGUUGUUUCGAUGAAUUCAAUCGUCUAGAAGAGCGAAUCCUUUCGGCUGUUUCGCAACAGGUCCAGAAUAUCCAACUGGGUCUCAAGCAAGGUGUUGAGGACGAGAAAUCGCAAAUCGAGCUUGUUGGCCGCCAACUUCGAGUUAACGCCAACACCGGUAUCUUCAUCACGAUGAACCCUGGUUAUGCUGGUCGAUCAAACCUGCCUGAUAACCUGAAGAAACUUUUCCGCAGUGUGGCAAUGUCGAAGCCAGAUAAGGAGCUUAUUGCUGAAGUUAUGCUCUACUCCCAAGGUUUCAACCAAGCAAAGCAGCUCUCAAAGCAGACUGUACCAUUCUUCGAUCGCUGUGGAGCCAAGCUAUCGAAACAAGCUCAUUACGACUUUGGACUCCGUGCGCUUAAGAGUGUUCUCGUUAGCUCCGGUGGAUUGAAGCGUGCUAGGUUGACGGUAUCUGGUGGCGACCUUGGCCCUGAAGAGGAGGUUGAGCCCCAAAUCAUUGUUCAGAGUAUUCGUGAGACCAUCGCUCCAAAGUUGAUCAAGAGCGAUGUGGAAAUCAUGAGAGCGAUUGAAGAGGAAUCUUUCCCUGGAGUUAAAUAUAUUCCAGCAGCCCUUGAGGAACUUAAGGCAUCCAUGCAAAGUAUUGCGGCUGAACGAAACCUUGUUGUCAAUGACACUUGGAUGACGAAGAUCCUACAACUAUUCCAAAUCCAAACAAUUCACCACGGUGUUAUGAUGGUUGGUAACUCUGGCUCCGGAAAGACAGCAGCCUGGAAAGUUCUCCUUCAAGCUUUACAACAAGUCGAGGGCGUCGAAGGCGUCUGCCAUGUUAUUGACUCGAAGGUCAUGUCUAAGGAGGCUUUGUACGGCAACCUCGACUCUACCACCCGAGAGUGGACUGAUGGUCUGUUUACAAGCAUUCUUCGCAAGAUCGUCGACAACCUGAGAGGCGAAGAAACAAAGCGCCAUUGGAUCGUCUUCGAUGGAGACGUCGAUCCAGAGUGGGUUGAAAAUCUCAACAGUGUUCUUGAUGACAACAAGCUCUUGACUUUGCCGAAUGGAGAACGUCUCAACCUCCCAUCAAACGUACGAAUCAUGUUCGAGGUUGAGACCCUCAAGUAUGCUACACUGGCAACAGUCAGUCGUUGCGGUAUGGUUUGGUUCAGUGAGGAUACUGUCACACCAACGAUGAUGGUAGACAACUAUCUCGGAAAGCUUCGCAAGGUGGCAUUGGAGGAUCUCGACGAAGACUCCGUUGCUACAGGCCAAACCACAGCCAAGGCAUUGGCCAUCCAAGAGGAAGUCUCGGAUUUGUUACAAUCCUAUCUUAAGACAGAAGACUUCCUCCUCACUGCACUGGAGCAUGCGGAAAAUUUCAAACACAUUAUGGAGUUCACGGUUGCCCGCGUCCUGAACACCUUAUUCUCUCUCCUCAACAAGACAGUUCGGGAUAUUGUGGAAUACAAUGCUCAGCAUGUUGAUUUCCCCUUGGAUUCCGAUCAGGUCGAAUCGUUUGUGUCGAAGAAGCUACUUCUUUCACUCGUAUGGUCCUUGACGGGUGAUUGUCCACUUGGUGACCGAAAGGUGUUCGGUGAUUAUGUCGCGACUCUGUCUACCUUUGGCUCGCCACUUCUCGAGGGCAACUCGUCUUUGAUCGAUUUCGACGUCACGUUGCCUCAAGCACAGUGGGUUUCGUGGCAAAACCAGGUGCCAACGAUCGAGGUCAAUACACACUCGAUUACCCAGACUGAUGUUGUCAUUCCAACCUUGGAUACUGUGCGCCACGAGGAUGUCCUUUACUCAUGGCUCGCCGAACAUAAGCCGCUACUGCUAUGUGGGCCGCCUGGUUCCGGAAAGACGAUGACAUUAUUCAGCGCUCUUCGCAAGCUACCCAACAUGGAGGUCGUUGGACUGAAUUUCUCGAGUGCGACCACGCCAGACCUGUUGAUUAAGACCUUUGAGCAGUACUGCGAGUACAAAAAGACAUUGAACGGCGUUAUUUUGUCCCCAACCCAAAUCGGCAGAUGGCUUGUACUGUUCUGCGACGAGAUCAACUUGCCGUCGCCUGACAAGUACGGAACACAGCGUGCCAUCUCCUUCCUGAGACAGCUUGUCGAGCAGAACGGUUUCUGGCGAACAUCCGAUAAGACAUGGGUUACACUCGAUAGGAUCCAAUUUGUGGGUGCCUGUAACCCUCCUACGGAUGCUGGCCGUACCCCAAUGGGCGCCAGAUUCCUGAGACAUGCUCCAUUGAUCAUGGUUGAUUAUCCCGGCCAACAAUCACUCAAGCAGAUUUACGGCACCUUCACCAGUGCUGUGCUGAAGAUUGUUCCGUCUCUAAGGGGUUACUCCGAGGCACUUACCAAUGCCAUGGUUCAAUUUUAUAUCGAAUCCCAGGAGCGCUUCACGCCAAAGAUCCAGCCUCACUACGUAUACAGUCCUCGUGAACUCACAAGAUGGGUGCGAGGUAUUUACGAAGCUAUUAGACCACUUGAUACUCUUUCUGUGGAAGGGCUAGUACGUAUCUGGGCGCAUGAGGCACUUCGACUCUUCCAGGAUCGUCUCGUCUCCGAAGAUGAACGAAAAUGGACUGACGAUGCUGUCCGCCGAAACGCGCUUGAGUUUUUCCCAAUGAUGGACGAAACCAAAGCUCUCGCUGGACCGAUCCUGUAUUCCAACUGGCUCUCAAAGAACUACGUUCCUGUCGAUAGAGAACAACUGCGCGAGUUCGUAAAGGCUAGGCUAAAGACUUUCUGUGAGGAGGAAGUUGAUGUACCUCUGAUUCUUUUCAAUGACGUCCUCGAGCACGUUCUACGCAUUGAUCGAGUAUUCAGACAACCGCAAGGCCAUCUUAUUUUGAUUGGUGUCAGUGGCAGUGGCAAGACGACAUUGUCCAGAUUUGUUGCCUGGAUGAAUGGCCUGAGGGUUUUCCAAAUCAAGGUCCACGGCAAGUACUCAGCUGAGGACUUUGACGACGACCUGCGCGAUGUUCUUCGUCGCAGUGGAUGUAAGGGCGAGAAGAUUUGCUUCAUUAUGGAUGAAGCUAACGUCCUUGAUUCCGGAUUCCUUGAGCGAAUGAACACAUUGCUUGCCAAUGCCGAGGUUCCUGGUUUGUUUGAAGGCGAUGAGUUAGCAUCCCUGAUGACUGCCUGCAAGGAAGGUGCUCAACGCCAAGGUCUCUUACUCGACUCCCAGGAGGAACUCUACAAGUGGUUCACGCAACAGAUCAUCAAGAACCUUCAUGUUGUGUUCACGAUGAACCCGCCUGAAGACGGCCUUUCGUCCAAGGCAGCGACUAGUCCUGCUCUUUUUAAUCGUUGUGUCCUGAACUGGUUUGGCGACUGGUCUGAUCAAGCAUUGUUCCAAGUUGGAUCCGAGUUAACCCAUUCUGUCGACCUGGACCGUCCGAACUACACCCCGUCCGACAGUAUCCCAGUCGCAUAUCGCGAGCUCUCCUUACCUGCCAGCCACCGGGAUGCAGUUGUCAACGCAAUGGUCUAUAUCCACUACUCCCUGCAGCGCUUCAACCUCAAGUUGCUCAAGCAACAGAGCAGAGUCACUUUCCUCACUCCCAGGCACUUCUUGGACUUCGUUGCUCAGUACGUCAAGCUUUACAAUGAAAAGCGCGAAGACUUGGAGGAUCAGCAGCGUCAUUUGAACGUUGGCCUGGAGAAAUUGAGAGAUACCGUGGAUAAAGUUCGCGAUCUUCGCAUCAGCCUGGCCGAGAAAACUGGCCAACUUGAGCGUAAGGACGCAGAGGCAAACGAGAAGCUCCAACGUAUGAUUGCCGAUCAACGAUUGGCGGAACAGCGCAAGACCACAUCUCUAGAGAUCCAAUCUGCGCUUGAGAAGCAGGAAGUGGCAGUGGCUGAACGCCGAGAGCUUGUCCUGAACGACCUGGCGAAUGCUGAGCCUGCCGUUAUCGAGGCACAAAAGAGUGUCAGCAAUAUCAAGAAGCAGCACCUAACAGAAGUACGUUCCAUGUCCAACCCACCAAGGGGUGUUAAACUUGCUUUGGACUCUGUUUGUACUCUGCUUGGCCACCGCAUCGACAGCUGGAAGACAGUUCAGGGUAUCAUUCGACGUGAUGAUUUCAUUGCAAGUAUCGUCAAUUAUGACAAUGAGAAGCAGAUGACGAAGAACCUUCGAGUCAAGAUGCGAAACGAUUUCCUUUCCAAAGAAGACUUCACCUACGAAAAGGUCAGCCACGCCAGUAAAGCAUGUGGACCUCUCGUCCAGUGGGUUGAGGCUCAAGUCAACUAUUCCGAGAUUCUGGAUCGUGUUGGGCCGUUGAGGGAAGAGGUGGGCCUGCUGGAAGAGAAGGCUCUCGAGACCAAGGCGGAGGCACAGGCCGUUGAAAAUACCAUCACUGCACUGGAGCAAAGUAUUGCACGCUACAAGACGGAAUAUGCAGCCCUUAUUAGUGAGACACAGGCAAUCAAGUCGGAGAUGUCACGAGUUCAAUUUAAGGUCGACCGCAGUGUUCGUCUUCUUGACAGCUUAUCGUCGGAGAGAACUAGAUGGGAGGAUGCAAGCAAAUCAUUCGAAACCCAGAUCAGCACCUUGGUCGGAGAUGUUCUAGUUGCAGCUGCCUUCCUGGCAUACAGUGGACUUUACGACCAGCAAUUCCGCAAAAAUAUGAUGGAUGAUUGGCUCAGCCAACUCCAGAUGUCUGGCAUCGAUUUCAAGCAGCACAACCCGAUCACCGAAUACCUGUCAUCGGCUGAUGAGAGACUAAGCUGGCAAGAAAAUUCUCUGCCAGUCGAUGAUCUCUGCACUGAAAAUGCUAUUAUCUUGAAGCGCUUCAAUCGUUAUCCUCUGAUCAUCGAUCCUUCCGGACGUGUCACAGAGUUCCUUCAGAAGGAAUGCAAGGAUCGGAGAUUGACUGUUACCAGUUUCCUGGAUGAUUCGUUCACCAAACAGCUUGAGAGUUCACUCCGUUUCGGUAACCCCAUCUUGAUUCAAGAUGCCGAGCAUUUGGAUCCAAUCCUUAACCACGUCCUCAACAAGGAAUACCAAAAGACUGGUGGACGUGUCCUCAUCCAGCUCGGUAAACAAGAGAUCGAUUUCUCCCCAGCCUUCAAGAUCUACCUCUCGACCAGAGAUCCAUCUGCUACGUUUGCACCAGACAUAUGCAGUCGCACAACUUUCGUCAAUUUCACCGUCACCCAGAGCAGUCUCCAAACGCAAUCAUUGAACGAAGUCCUGAAAUCUGAGCGACCUGACGUGGAUGAGCGAAGAUCCAACCUGAUCAAAUUACAGGGAGAAUUCAAGGUCCAUCUUCGCCAAUUGGAGAAGCGUCUUUUGCAAGCUUUGAACGAGUCCCGUGGCAAUAUCUUGGAUGAUGACAACGUCAUUGAGACUCUCGAGACGUUGAAGAAGGAGGCCGCUGAAAUCUCAAAGAAGAUGAGCAACACCGAAGGGGUGAUGGCAGAAGUGGACGCAAUCACACUUCAGUACAAUAUCAUUGCUCGUUCUUGCAGCGCUGUGUUUGCUGUUCUCGAACAGCUCCAUUACCUUAACCACUUCUACCAGUUUUCGUUGCAAUAUUUCCUGGAUAUUUUCAACAGCGUGCUUCACGACAACCCAAGGUUGGCCACCGAGACAGAUCACAAUGUUCGACGGGAUAUUAUCAUAGAAGACCUUUUCGUGAAAACGUACCAGCGAACUUCGCUCGGAUUGUUACAGAAGGACCGCAUAACCUUCGCAAUGUUGCUUGCGCAGGUUUCGCCGUUUAAGAUGGAAAAGAGCCUCAUUGACUUAAUCCUGGAUGAUGGCAUUGAUGGUACCGAUCUAUCCACCGAGACGGACCGCAAGGAAGAAAUGUUUGCACGAGCAGCGCGUGUUUCUGCUCUAAAGGGUAAGCUGGACAACAUACCUCCUGUAGAUUUGGACCGUUUCCUGUGCGAAGAAAUGGGAGAGAAUUUUAUCCCCAAGAUCUGGGACGACAAUACCAGCGAGAUAGACAAGGAGCUGCUAUCAUUACUUGUCGUUAAGAUCUUCCGCCUCGACCGAUUUGUUCCUUCCGCAGAGCGUUUCGUUACCGCGGUGUUCGGCUCGAGAAUCUUCGACAUGACAGAAGACCUAAGCCAGACUGUCGAACAGGUCUCAGCAAGCCGCCCUAUUGCGCUCUGCUCCAGCCCCGGAUUUGAUGCCAGUUACAAGGUGGACAGCCUCGUUGAAAGAGUCCAGGCUUCUUGCACGAACAUCGCCAUGGGUUCAAACGAGGGAUUGUCAACGGCAGACAAGGCAAUUAGCAACGCAGCCGCCACUGGAAACUGGGUGCUCAUCAAGAAUGUUCACUUGGCACCUACGUGGCUUCAAAGUCUUGAGAAACGUAUGGAUUCUCUCAAGCCACACCCAGACUUCAGGCUCUUCCUGUCGAUGGAAUCGAGUCCGAAAAUUCCUGUCAAUUUGCUGAGAGCUUCUCGCGUCUUGAUGUACGAGCAACCUGCUGGAGUGAGAGCGAAUAUGAAAGAUUCUCUUUCGUCUGUUUCGACCAGGGCGAUCAAGACACCGGUUGAGCGAACCCGCCUCUACCUUCUGCUCUCUUUCCUACAUGCAGUUGUACAAGAGCGUCUGCGCUAUGCGCCAAACCUUGGAUGGAAGGGUUUCUGGGAGUUCAAUGACAGUGAUUAUGAAUGCUCUGCUUAUGUGAUCGACACCUGGGUCGAGUCCGUUUCCGCCGGCCGGUCAAACGUUGCACCCCAGAAUCUCCCAUGGGAUAUGCUACGAACUUUGAUUACUGAAACUUAUGGAGGGAAGAUUGACGACGAGGGAGACUUCGCACGCCUUACCGAGCUAGUUGAAUCCAUCAUGACUCCCGCGGCAUAUGAGAUCGGACACAAGCUUGUGGAAAGCACACCAGGGCUCACCGUAGUCACCGAUGGAAGUGAUGGAAGCCUGGUUGUCCCCAGCGGAACCGGGUUGAAAGAAUAUAUGGAGUGGGUGAACAAGUUGCCCGAGAGAGAGCCGCCGACUUACCUCGGCCUGCCGGCGAACGCAGAGAAGCUGCUCCUUGUGGGCUUGGGAAGGAGCAUGAUUGGAAAUCUCGGGAAGAUCACCGAGAUUCUUGAUGAGGGGGAGCAGUUGAUGGCUGAGGCGGCCGUAGCGGCCUGAGGAAGAAGAGCGGGACGAGGCUCAUGUGUUGAAGAUUUCGUUCGUAUGAUUUUGGAUCAGUUGUAUAUUUAGCUUAUUUCAGCGCGCGUCGUCUUGCUUUGCAAGGAUAGGGCUAGAUUGUACGGGUACGGGAAGCGGUGGUCUGUCUGUCUUAUACCCCCUUUUCUUAUGUAUAUGUUUUCUUACAUGGAGAUACAGUAAAACCUCCAAAUAAAGACCCU